AUGAAGACCACCACCGCUCUUUUGGCUCUAGCCGCCGCGACAGAAGCUUCACCCUUGUUCUCCAAACGUGACGAUGCGAACGACAUCUUCAACGACAAGCAAAAGUUCUGCAAGGGAUGGGACCUGAAGACCGUCGAGGGUGUUGACAAGCUGUGGGAAGACACAGCCGCUGGUGUAUCACUUGAACUGUUCAUCAAAAGCCACUGGGAGCACCAGAACAACUGGCUCAAAAAUCUUGAGGAUCAGGUCAUGGAGGGCACUGAUGGCAAGUCUGGUGCCAGUGGCUGCGCUCUCAUCGGCACCAGCUGCAACCCCAUGGGCGGCAUCGGCUGCGAGGAGCAGUUCGACAAGUACGGCAAGACAUUUGUAGGCAAGAACUCGUACUGGACCUUCCAGGCUGUCAAGGGUAUGCAUGGCAAGUUCGCCGAGCUGCACCGCCAGUUGACGACUGAGACUCUCGUCAAUGGCCUCAAGAUCGGGCAGAUGCUCAAGGACUUUAGCGGAAACGAAAAUGGAGGAGGUAAUAUGAAAGGCUGGCUCUCGGCGGCUGCAACUAUGGGUAAUGCCCUUGGUGGCCUCGUUCCUGGAGUGGGCUCCGGUAUUUCUGCCGGUAUGGGUAUUCUGGCAGGUAUUAUGUCCGGUCUCUCCUUGGGCGACGAUGAGGAUGAUGGUGCCGCUACUAUAUCAGACGGCCUUGCCGACCUAUUCAAGUCCGCCUCAGUCAAGCUCGAGGACACCCUCCGAAUCGCUACCGGAGGCGGCAGAAACGACGACGAGUAUAACUCUCUCCCCGCUCCCAAGUGGGAUACAUACGAGACCAAGAUUGCCAAGUUCUUCAACGGCGGCUGGUUCCUUCUCGACGAUGACGUUGAGACCGUGCGCGUCACGCUAGGUUCCAUCACCAACAACAUCCAGAAGAAGGUCGCCAACGACGUCAUGAAGGCCUCCAAGCUCCACCUUGUCGCCGAUAAGCUCGGCGGUAAGGAUUCCCGUGAGGAUUGCGGUUUUUCCACUGGUCGACAGUGGCUGCCGCUCCGUGAUGGCGAGGAGUACUGCUGGUACAUCAUGCGAAACGAUCCCAACCCUAAUCGCGAGGGAGAGUGGACCGAGGUUGGCGCUGACAUCUACGAGAAGAUGGCUUCCUUCGGUCUGGGUGAUCGCGAGCCUUACUACAAGGCUUUGAUUGACUGUGCUUUGAACAAGGGCGACAGUGAUGAAGUUGACACUAGCAACCUUGUUCAGGGAGAGAUCCCCCGAUGCUUCUUCAACUUGCCUGCUGUGUUUGUUGAGCAUGAUGACGAAACUGGCUGUGGAAGCCCCUUUGACAGGGCAGAUUGUGACUACCGCAAGAGCAGUCCUCUCAAAUAA